AUGGCUGCUGUGCUAGAAGCAGCCGCAGCUGCAAGAGCAGUGGGUUUUUCUUCAAGCAGUAACUCAUCUGCUUCUAGUGCGGACGCUGCUUAUAAAGGAGCGGGCCCUGCGGCUUAUACGGAGGAUGAGAACCCGGCAAUGUGCGCUAAGCACGUGUGUGCUGAGGGCACGAUGCGUUGCGAGGCCACCGCCGCUGCCGCAACGGCUGGCAGUGCCUGGCGGAGCGACGGUGGUGCGACGGCAGCAGCGACUGCAUCCACCCAGACCCUGCGAGCAACAACAGCAGCAGCAGCAGCAGCAGCAGCAGCAGCAGCAGCAGCAGCAGCAGCAGCAGCAGCAGCAGCAGCAAUAGCGGCAGCGGCAGCGAGAGCAGUGCAUCUGUGUGUGCCGCUGAUACAGGGAGGAGGGAUUGAUUCCUCUAAGUGUCAAGGUGCUGGGACUGACAGUGUUGACCCACAGGAUGCGGGCAGCAACAGCGGCUCGCCAUUGGACCCUGGGAAUGGGGCUGCUGACCCGGGCAGCCAAGAAACAGGCAGCAAGAAAAAAGGCAAAGGGAAGGGGAAAGGCGGCGCGUUUCGAAUUUCCAGGCUGCUAACGAAGCUUGACCAGAUCCCAGUCCGAGCGAGCUCGAACUCCCCCAAGCCUACCAUGGCCGCCACUGCGACUACGAGCAAGGCGCUCAUCAGCGAAUCCGCUGCAUGGAGCGGCCUCAAGAAAAUGCCCGUGACUCGUGUCACUGCCUCGCGAAAACUUGUCGCUCGUUCUCCUGCCUUUUCAACAGUUUCCGUUCGUGCUGCUGCAGCUGCUCCCACGCAUUUCCUCCAUAUUGACGACUUUGAUAGGGAUACUAUCCUCCACAUCCUCAACCGCGCCAAGGAAGUGAAGGCGAUUAUUAAGUCUGGCGAUCGCUCCUACCAGCCCCUUAAGGGUCACACCAUGUCGAUGAUAUUCACCAAGCCCUCCAUGCGCACGCGAGUGAGCUUCGAGUCGGGCUUCUUCCUGCUGGGCGGCCAUGCGCUCUACCUCGGCCCCGACACCAUCCAGCUGGGGAAGCGCGAGGAGACGAGGGACAUCAGCCGCGUGAUCAGUGGAUACAACGAUAUUAUUAUGGCCCGGCUGUUCGCCCACCAGGACAUUCUCGACCUGGCCAAGUACUCGAGUAUCCCCGUGGUGAAUGGGCUGACGGAUUACAACCACCCGUGCCAGAUCAUGGCGGAUGCCCUCACCAUCAUCGAGCAUCUGGGACAGAUCGAAGGCAUGAAGGUGGCCUAUGUGGGUGAUGGCAACAACAUCGUCCACUCCUGGCUGCGCCUGGCAGCAGUCAUCCCCAUGCACUUCGUGUGUGUCUGCCCCAAGGGCUUCGAGCCCGAUGCGGAGACAGUAGAACGCGCCAGAGCAGCCGGGGUCAGCACCAUAGAGAUCACGAAUGACCCGGUGGAGGGGGUGAAGGGGAGCAACGUGGUGUACACGGACGUGUGGGCGAGCAUGGGGUACAAGGAGGAGGCUGAGACACGAAAGAAGACCUUCCAGGGAUUUCAGGUGGAUGAAGCGAUGAUGGCACGGGCCGGCAAGGAUUGUCUGUUUAUGCACUGCUUGCCAGCGGAGAGGGGGGUGGAGGUGUCAGAUGGGCUCUCUCCCCACCGAAUCUCCUCUCCCGGUCUCUCGGCGGGCGGCGCGAUGGUGCUCGGGCAGCUACAGGCAAAGUACCAGGAGAUCGAGGGGCGCGCCAAGGCGUGGGUCGCGCGCCAGCCGCCGCCCGUGGAGGUGGCGAUCGUGGCGGCGGCGAGCGCGCUGCAGGGCGGCGCGAUCGGCGCGAUGAUGGGCAACCUGACGUCGGAGGCGGCCGGCAGCAUGCCGUCGCCCGCCACCAUGCCGGGAAUGACGCCGGAGGCCGCGGCGUCGAUGAAGCAAAUGCAGGCGCUCACAGGGGGGCCUUGGACGCAGGCGCGAAACUUCGCGGUGAUGACGGGCGUGAACGCGGGCAUCACGGCCGCCAUGAAGCGCGCGCGAGGGGGAGUUGAAGACCUGCAGACGAGUGCGGUGGCAGCGUUUGGGUCAGGGAUAGCGUUUUCAGUGGUGAGCGGGGUGGGCGGGCCGGCGGGCAACGCGGUGCUGAACGCACUCACCACGGGCGUUGGAUUUGCCAUUUUCCAAGGCGCCUUUUUCCAGCUGGGCAAGGCAUUCUCAGGCGAAGGCGACGCAACGCCGUCAGAAUACAUGGAGUCGAAGGCCAUGCUGCAGGAGCUGGGGCUGGGCAAGUAUGAGAAGAACUUCAAAAAGGGGCUCCUCACUGACCGCACACUGCCACUGCUGAACGACAGUGCACUGCAGGAGGUCAAGAUCCCUCCCGGCCCUCGCCUGAUCAUCCUCAACCACAUUCAAAGAUCGCGAAGGUGCUACGGGCAAGCUCCCUCCAGUGCCAAGCCCAGCCUCAGCAGCAGUGGGCCAAUCGGCAUUGGCCACCUGGGUGGUCACCUGGACAGCAGCAGUAGCAGCAGCAGCAGCAGCGGUGAAAGCGGAGCAAUGGUGGCCUCAUUCUAG